AAAGUUUUAGCACUUAGUCAAUGAACAGACGUCGUGUGAUGUGAAUCUUUAAAAAUUAAAGUGCAAAAAUCAUUCACAGAAAUACAUUAAAGCGAAUCUUAAAGUUUAAAACAAAAAAUUGAAACGGUCCACCAGACCUUACGUGUUGUGACAUUUUUUUUGUAAAACUAAAAUUAAAUGAGAAACAUUAAUGACAUGUCAAGGAUAACAGUUGCUGCAAUACUUUGCUUGGGAUUAUUGGCCUACGAAGGAUAUGCGGCUAAUUCAAAAGAACAAGUGAAAAAGCAACCACAACCACAACAGCCACAAUCUUCUAAUAAAAAACAAGUUGAACAAAAAGCUCCACAGGCGAAGCCAUUCAAUGGAAAAUGUGAAGAGAAGAAUGGUCGCUAUACUGUAGCUGGACAAUGCGAUGCAUAUGUGGAAUGCCGAGACGGUGAGCCUGAAGAGAAACUUUGUGCGGAUGGUUUGGUAUUCAAUGACAAAGUUGAUUUGUUCACAUUUCCUUGUCAAUAUCCGAUAGACGUUGAUUGUUCAUCUAGAGGAAAACUUCAACCACCUCAAGCCACAGAAGAAUGCCCACAUCAAUUUGGUUAUUUCCGUCUGGGAGAUGACACCGAUUGCGGCCAUUUUAUGAACUGUGCUGAUGGUCGCGGUUACACCUUCGACUGUCCCGAUGGUUUGGCUUUCAAUCAAGAGACAUAUCGUUGUGACUGGCCCGACCAAGUACCCGAUUGUGAUGCCGAAAAGUUCUUAGGAUUUAGUUGCCCGCCCGAACCAAAAGUUGCUGGCUUGGGACAGGCUGAAAUUCGAUUUUAUCGGUCACCGAACAGUUGUCAAAAAUAUUUCGUUUGCUUGGAAGGAAGACCACGGAUGUACAAUUGUGGCGAAGGGAAUGCAUUUAACGAUUUGAUUAAUGGAUGCGAUGGAGCCGAAAACGUUACUAAUUGUGAUUCGUUCGAAGCGAAACAAGACAAAGUGAAGCCGGUGCAGUUAAAGUUACCAUCAACAACGAGCAAAGGAAUUACGGCAGUUAGAACAACCACUUCAAAGGCAACGACAACUAAAAAAUACAUUUCAACCACAACCACAGGUUCUCCGAAUCGUGGAACAACAUCACGACGUGGUAGUGUCAAAUUUUGAUUCGAUUAUGAAAAGUAAUUUCAAAUAAAAAAAUGUGUAUGACGAUUG